AGAAAUCAAUGAAAGCUCAAUAUUGCCAUGAUAUUCAUGUUCAAUUAGAUUUUUUUUUUUUUGUUAUGUAUUUUUAUUCAUAGACGAACUACGAAUUACAGCAACAGACAUAAAGAGACCAGUGAAAAGGGAAAUGAAUCAGGGUGAAAAGCUCAAAAACCUGCUGACAUGUGGAGGAUCCACACUGGGUUACUACAGCUAUUUUGUCAUCAUAAUGAAUGAAAGCAAGCCUGACCAACUUGAACAACUCCAGUUUCUUAGCAAAUUGAACUUGUUUUGUGUUUUUGACUUUGAUCCCAAUUCAGUUUCUAAAGGUGCAUGUAAAGUAUACAGAGAAUCCCGAAUUGCAAAUCUGCAUUUUCCAAACCAGUUCCAGGGAGAGGCAAGUGAAGUGCUUAAAAAUCUAAACCUCUACAAACAAACCAGUUGGGUGUUUUGCAAUGGAAGACUUGACCUUGACUCUGAAUCUAGUAGGAAUCUAGACUACCAAAGGUGGUUAAGAGGAACUCACAGAGAAAUAGAGCAAAUGGUUUCAUUUAUCUUCAGACCUGAAAUUCUUCCUGAUAGAAAAUGUCUUGUGAUAUUCCUUCUGUUUUCUGCUGUAGAGUCAGAGAAAGACCCCAUUUUUGACACAUUCAUGACAUUCCACAGGCAGUGUCGAGGGGAAGAGAACAUUAUUCAUAUUUGUGAAAAUGAGGACUCAUUUGAAAAAUGGCAUACUCUCAUUCAAAAGAAGUACGAGUUUGACAUCACCAAGCAGUCUAUCUAUAAACUGGAUUUCAGCCAAAUUAAUGGAACUGUAAUGAAACUGGGACCACACACACAGCCCUGUGGCAUGUUGUUGCCAUCAGCUGGAUCUAGUUCGGUCACUCUGCGACAGAAGGAUACAGAUAUAAUGGAUGCUUUAGACAUCUUGUGUGAAAACGAAUGUGAGAAUGCUUAUGAUGUAAAUAGCUCAGCCUUUCAAGAUUUAAAACUCAAGGUUGAGGAAGAAUUCUAUAGAGGAGGGAAGGUCAAAUGGUGGAACUUCUACUUCUCAGAGAAAGAAAAAUCCAAGCCAUUUAUCAAACGAGACAAAUAUGAAGCUGUCAGAUUAAUUGUAACAUCUCAGAUUAAGGACCCUAAAAGUACAUGUGCCAUUGUGAAUCUUUUUCAUCAUCCUGGAUGUGGAGGGACAACAUUAGCAAUGCAUGUAAUGUGGGACCUUCGAAAUCAAUUAAGAUGUGCAAUUCUGAAAGACAGUUCUAUUUCUGAAGAGACGGUAUCUUCACAAGUUAAGUACCUGUUAAAGUACGGGAAAACUGAUGAAUCUCCCCAGGUACCAGUCCUUCUGUUGAUUGAUGAUUCCAAAGAUACAGAAGCUGCAGAAAAGCUAAGGAAUUGCAUUCGUCGGACCUUAGAUGAAGAUUGUGCUUUCAAAAAUGAAAAAAGUACAAAUUCGCUAGUCAUCCUUUUGAACUGUGUUCGCACUCACUUCCCAGUAGAUCAAUUCAAGUGCUGUGAGACAGAAAGACAAUACAUAACAAACGAACUAACAAAGAAAGAGAAAGAUGACUUUGAAGAAAAAUUGCAAGAACUCAAGGAAAAUCAUAAGAGACCUGAAAAUUUCUAUAGUUUCAUGAUCAUGAAAUCAAACUUCAGUAAGAAGUAUGUUAGAAACGUGGUUUGUAAUACCCUAAAGGAUCUCAACAGGGACACCAAAGAAGCACAGCUCUUCUCAGUAAUGGCACUGCUAAACUCAUAUGUUGCUGAGUCAGACAUUUCUCAGUCAAUCUGUGAAGACUUUCUUGGGAUGAAGCAGUUCCAUUGGGGGGAAGAAUAUGUUCUUGAAAGGAUGAAGCCUUACUCAAAUUUACUUAUUGGAUUUAAGGUUGAUCAUUGUGGGGAAUACUCUGCCAUCCGUAUCCUACAUCAUGACAUAGCGUGUGCUUGCCUAGACGAGCUGGAUUUGACAUAUAACAUAAAGAGAAGUGAUAUUACCAUGGAUCUGCUGCAUUGCAAUUUGUUUUUCAAAACUGCACUCGGUAAAGAUGCUUUAACACUCUCCAUUCAGCGUAUGCUGAUUGAGAGACAACGCAAUGUGGACAAUGAUAGGGGCACUCAGUUUUCUCCGUUGAUUGAAACAAUCCACACAGAUGAGGGAAGACAAAAAGUUCAAGAAAUUUUUACAAAAGCAUUAAGAAGAUAUGAGACAAGUGCUUCUAUACCCCAAGCCUUGGCAAGAUACCUGUAUCUUUACAGCAGAGAUUUCUCUCAGGCCCUGGAAUGGGCUGAAAUUGCAAGACAAAUCACAGAAAAUUGUUUCACUGUUGAUACGAUAGGACAAAUCCAUAAAAAUCAUCUGAAGUAUGAGAUUCAAAGAGACAAGGAGCAGGAGACUCCUGAAAAUCUUGACAGAUACAUUGAGCUUGCUAAAAAAGCAAUUAAUGCCUUUCAGAAGGCACAGAAACUGGCAAAGACUGAAUAUAAUCUUUAUGAAGAUUAUAAUCUAACACAAACCUACAACCAAUAUGCAGACAUGGGUCUAAUAGAAGUAGUGCUCACAGUCCUUGAUAUUAUCAGCAGCCUCCCACUUUUUAAUGGAACAGAUACAAUGGCACGAAGGUACAUGCAGAGCUUCCUCAAAGGUAACAUUUCCAUGAGAAGCAUUUAUUUUAAAGACAAUGGCAUAAAUCAUAAAUAUGCAACUGUUCUAAUGAAUCAUGAACCAUUUCUUCAUGAACUAAGGAAACAGGCAAAGACUAGCUUUGAAUUAUUUGAUUGUUACUUUUCUUACUUGAAGAGCAGAAAAUUUGAGGAGGAGCUAGACUAUAAGUGUAGAAGAAAGAUAUCACAAUACUUCAAGAAGUAUAUUUCAUUUUUCUGCUCAGAUGCAGAAAGGUCACAAGAGAAAGAAAGUAAGAAAAUCCUUAGAGAGAGCAUGGACAUUGAGGCAAAUGAAAUUUUUCUGGAAGAACAGAAAGCUGACACUUUUCCUGGGCUGCUUCAACACUUGGAGGACAAGAGUGGAGAAACAAUGGAAAAAAUAACAGGAUCCUAUAAUUUUUUACAUGAGCACUUGAAGUCCAGAAAUCCAAAAUUUAAAACAAACCUCAUACUGGCUAACAUAACCUUGCACCUCAUCAAACCCAACUCAAAGUGUGCAAUUAGUGAAAGGGAUCUCAUCCAUCUUUUGAAAGAAAUGUUGCAAGAAAUAGGAGUUCAGUACCCUUUUCCAGAGCCCUACUACUUGGCAUUGCUCUUACUUUGGCCUUGUUCAACAUCAGAUUCUGCUGAAAAUAUAGGAAUCUAUGUUAACUCCAUACGUAAUUCUUCUCGUCGUCGGCUACCUACUUCAUUACGUAAGAGAGGUGCUAUUUCUCAUUUUUUGCUGGGCAAAAAGUCAGGAUUGAAAAGGCUUGUUCCUAAAGCAAAACUCUACUAUACGGACGAACCAAAAGAAAGCAACAGGGCUUGGCAGAGUGGAAAAAUCUUCAGUCAGAAGGAUAUUCAAGACUGUCUACUCCGUGUACAUGGAACAGUUGAGCAAGGGGAAGUUUAUACUGAGUAUGGUAAACUGAAGGUCCCAGUGCACCCUGCCUUCCUUGAUUCAGUGAGAUCUGGAUUCAGUACCGAAAAGGUGUCCUUCUACUUGGGCUUUGCUAUGACUGGCCUACUUGCAUAUGACAUUCGCUAUGAAAGUUAAAAGGAGUUAUUCACAAUCAAAAUGAAGAAAGUAAAUGCUUAUUAAUGUAAGAGUUGGGGACAUUGUACAUUUAUACAGCCUGUACACAAAAAAGGAAUCUUUUGAGAGCAGAUAGUUGAGGGAAAGGAAGCUAUUUAGAAACUAAAAGAAAGGAACACAAAUUGGAUGCUCAGUACAGUAGAUGGAUGUGGAAAAAUUUGAUUGAUUUCAAAAAAGGAAAAAGGCAAUUAGACAUAAAUGUAAUAAGAGGGACUGAAAAUGAACUGUAGAAUGCAAAGAGGUUAUUUGGCAAGAACGCCUUCCUCUCUGUGGAGAAAUGAAACAAACAAACACGACAAGGACUUCAAAGUUGCAAGAUUUUGGUAAAGGUUUGCAUAAUCAUUCUAUAAUAAUGAAGCAACAAAUAUAUUUACCUGAAUGGACAAAAAUGUCUCUUCUGUCAAUAUACUCAAGAUAAAAGGGGGAGAAAAAUUACAAAAGUAUAACAAGUAGUCUAAUUAGUUUAACAACUACAAAUGUCUAAAGUUAAUCAAUGAAACAAAAAUCAUCACAUGUUUUAUUAUGCUGUCUGAGUGUUAACUAAUAAGAAUAUUCUGGAUCUCUGCAUUUUAAGCUUCAUUUUGUUUCAAGCUGAGUGUGACAUGAUCUGAAGACCAGCAAACAAAUCAAAGAAUGAAAAUAAAAUAAAAAAAGGUUGUGUGGGGGUUAAAGCAGAAUAGAAUUAAAUGAAUUACAAAUACUACCAUGGAAACAAAUGUAGGAUAAAAGUCAGAGGCUUGUCCCUCAGGACACAAGUUUGCCAAAUGUGUAAAUGCGGACACGGGUGUGACCCUCUAAGGGUCAAUCAGGUAAUUAUUAAAAAUCACCUGCCAUCAAACCAUUACUAUUUCUUUAUCAUUGAUACUGGUGAUACUGUACACUUGUAUACCUUGUGUACAUGUUUAAACAUACAUGUUCUUUUUUUUAUUUUUAUAUUUAUAAUCAGAAGGUGUCCUUUGUUCUUGAAGUAAUUAACAGAUCUUACCUAAAUGAACUCAUCAGCCAAAUAAUGCAGUAUUAGAUUUGAGUUGUUUAUCAUCUAAGGCCAUUGUAAGUAGAUUGUAAUUGUAUUGUAAGUGCAUUGUAAUAUAGGGCCACUGUAUUCAUGCCAGAGAAUCUUACAAGAAAAUGUCUAUCCCAAGGUAAAAGUGUAUUUCAGUCAAUAUGCAUAGUAAGAUAAAUUAAUGUUAAUGGUGUGAAAAUAGGUAACAGUUCAUGUAAAUGGUACUUCUCUCCUGUGCUAAGUCAUAAAUUGCUUUGUGUGUGUUUUUUAUUAAACAUUGCUCCUCACAUGUA